CUCCCAUAUAGACCGCACCAGCCGUCCGGUCCGGCAAUCGUACAAAAUCUGGCAAAAAGUGGGUCACGAAAAGCAACGCGGCACUCAAAAAGUGUGCAGAACGAGUGCCGGCUGGCGACCAGGGAACGCAUGUCUGCCGAAACCGAGUUGCCGAUUCGGAACCUUUUCACAGCGAUUUCUUCAGAGCGCGUGGCACCUUUUUCGACACGCGGCUUCGAGCAGAACCUCCACUACUCCGCGAGUCCAGCACACACUGGAACUCGCUGGAAAUCCUGAGUUUGUGUGGAAAUCCGUGCACUUGCACGGCGAGCAUGUGGUUUUCCGACAUGAUGCGGUGCAGCGACUGAAGAACGCGACAGGGUCUAUUCCCCGGUCGGUUUCUGUCCACAGUUGCCUCUCGCACCGUCCCUGUCUUGCUGAGGUCUCCGUGGUGUUUCGCUUCCUCAGCGUUCGCUGCUGUCUGCACUUUUUUCCGAACAACAGACGUUCCGAGGAUACCGAGACGCUAUUAUCGAGAACCCGCAAGCCCUUUCCCACGCUCGAUGCGCCCGCGGCGUUUUUCCCUUAUGCUGCCGUAGGCUGCCUCGUCAGUCAAAAUCUCGAUUAUGCUGCUAUCCUACGGCUCAGCCGUCUAUGUGCACAUGCAGAGAAAUCCCAUAUCGACUCCGAAGACAUACAGAUUCAGGAGUGUGUGUUCGAGCCACCCUUCCCCUUCUCCAGCGUUCUAGACUUGUCAGCGCCGUCGUUUGUUUUCUUUUUUUCGCGCAAGUUCUGCGCGUCGAGGUGACCCAGCUGUACCUGGUCCUUGCGACCGGAGUGAACUGAGUGGGUGUCCAUGCCUUGCGACGCGGCUCUGUCUCGACCCCUCCGCCGGUGUGUUUACCUGCACUUGCACCCGAGAAAGACUUCUUUCUGGACGCUUUAGAAUGUCCACUCGGAGGCAGCAUGGCUGCGCAUGCCACGAGAGUGCCUUUGGCUUCCUGGGUGCCUCGUGCCAGGCGUACUGACGCCACAGAGGCGGCUCCUCUCGUUCUUCUCGGCAAGCCAGAGGGAACAGGAGAACGGACUGUGAGAAAGAAGUCGCCUGUUGAACUGGAUUUUUGCCGAAGGGAGGAGACAUCAACGGAGCUGAGUCUGCCCGCAUAAGAGCUCGAGAAGGGCGACUGCGUGCGUGGCGCUGGCGAGAGGCUUUUCCCUGUGUCUCCUCUUGGGGUGAACCCAUGCGUUGUCUGCGCCGAGAACAGUCAAGAGAAGCGCGUUGCUGAGGACGGCGGUCAACUUCAGGCCAAGCUCUGUUUCCUUGACCUAGGAAAGAAGCAGCCAGAGGAGACCUCGUUUCCGCAGAACGAACUCCAGGCGCGUCUCUUCGCCCCUGAUGCCUCAGUUUCUCCUUUCUCCGACGCGGCUCUCUUCAGAUCUCCUUCUCCGCUCGCUUCUCCGUCACCUGCUGUUGCCUCUCUGGUGUCUCUGGGUGCGCCCUCCUUCGCUCCGUCUUCUCGUCCGUUUCGCUUUUCUCUCCAGCGUCCUUCUGCCUCGCCUGCCACGGUUUCCCUCUCGCGCCUCCGUCGUGCACCCUCUGCUCCUCCGCACCGAGGCGACCCUGUCCCCUCUGCUGGCUCUGCCCCGUCGCCCUUGCGACUGUCUCCUUCCUCAACUUGUUCUGCUCAGAGCAGUUUUCGAUUUACUUCUGUUCCGACGCAUGCCUCUGCUGCCCCUCCGGAUCUCCGCGAAAAAAAGGACGCUCCUGUCUCGUCGUCUCUCGACAGCGAGGUCCUCAAGCCUUCUCGCCAGCCUCCUCUCCCUCCUGCCGCGCCUCUGCCUGCACCGGAAGAAGCCGCAAUGCAUGCCUCAGAAGACGGCCCUCUGCCUGCACCGGGAGAGGGCCUAGUGCAUGCGCAGCAGCACACUCCCGGAAGCUCAGACUUCUCUGCUUCUUCGCCUUCCUCGACACGAGAGCGCGAUGGGCAAGCUGAGGGAUCUGUACGGAGUGCCGAGAGAGAGGCGAGGAAGCCGGACAGUGAAGGAGAUGCCGACGACAACUACUUCCUGAAGAAAGUGAAGUUCCUCGAUCUCGAUACAUGCGUCGUUCUUCAGAACAGAAACGGCCCAUGCCCGCUGAUCGCUCUCGCCAACGUCCUCCUCCUGACUGGGCGCCUCUCGCUCCAAGAGGCCCUGCCGCUGCUCGACCCCGCAGCGGCGCGUAGCCGAGCCGCGUCUGAAACAGAACCUGCAUGCACAGGGAGAGAAAGAGAACCUGCAUGCACAGUGAGUGGGAGCCGACUGAUCGAGCAACUCGCCGCCGUCCUGCUCCAAGUCCACGGCCGAAGACUCCGCAGUGGAGGCUCCGCCGCUGCUGUCUAUCAGUACCACCUACAAGAAGUUCUGGACCUCCUCCCGCAGCUCCGGUCAGGUUUGGAUGUGAACUGCUCGUUUCGCUCGCCCUCGGCCUUCGAGUACACUGCAGGCAUUUCUCUCUUCGACUUGUUCGGCGUUCGCCUUCUUCAUGGCUGGGUCCCCGACCUUCCCCCUUCCCACAGAGUUGCUCCUCGUGUCUUCGAAGAGCGACGCGCUCUGCCCUCUCCUCCGACCUCUCUGUCUUGUGCAACUCCGCCUUCAGAUCUCCCCCCCGUCGCUGCUCAAGCUGCUCCCUCUUCUGCGUCUUCUUCUGCCUCGCCUUCUUCUCCCUCCUCCUGUCUUGCUGAAGAGGGCAGGUUUCAGGGAGGAGAGAGACCGCGGUGUGCCUGUGAAGCAUGUUUCCUGUCGGAGUUCUCGUACAACACACUCGUGGAGAGAUGCGUUGCGUUCAACGACUUGAUGGACGCACUGCGGCGCCGACAAGAGCACGAAAUCCUCUUGCAGCAGGCGGCGGCCGAGGGCGCGUCGGCGGCGACAGAGCUGGUGGAGAUGACGCAGCGAGGCGGCACAGUUGGUGGCGGGGAAGAGUCUGUGGAGUGCAAGGACUUCAAGGACUCUGUUCUCGCGAAAAAAAAUUCCGAAGCGGCUGGGGCACCUUCACAACCCACACAAGAGACGGUUGACCUCAUCGACCGCCUCGAGUCCUCGGAAGUGGAGCGUUUUCUGAGGGAAGGCGAGCUGCUGUCUUCGUUCCUCUCCUCCACUUCCUCUCAGCUCACUGAACGCGGUCUCCGCCUGCUUUCUUCGCCCUGCAGCUGUUUCGACGACGCUCAACCUCUCGCAGCAGGCGCGACUGUAGAGGUUCCGAAAAUGGCCAAAGAACGAAACGUCUGCAGUUCCAAGUGCCAGUGUGUCUGUCACACAUCCUCGUCUCCCCCGUCUUCGCUUCCAAAUGGCAACUCUUCGUCUUCGCUUCCAAAUGGCAACUCUUCUUCUUCGCUUCCAAAUGGCCUUUCUUCUUCUCCGCCUUUGUCUGUGCAAGCCAAGCGUGAGGCGAAGGAAGCGAGCGGGCGGUGCUGCUGUGCCUCCUGUUGUCGGAGAGAAGCAGUCCUGGAGGAACUCGCGCCGGCGGUUCUGUUCAGGAACAACCAUUUCCUCACCGUCGUCAGACGCGGCUCGUCGCUCUACGGCCUCGCCACGGAUUCCUCUUUCCUGCACGCGGGUGGCGACGCAGUAUGGGAGCGCAUGGUGGACGUCUGGGGAGACAACGUCUACUGCGACGAACAGUUCAGAGACGAGUCUGAGAGAAGGCGAGAGAGCGAAAGAGCGAGGGCGCGAGAAAGAGAACGAGGACGAGCGAAAGCCGGGGACAGAGAGCGAGAACAAGAGAGACACACAGCUGGACUGCUGGGAGGAACUUCCGGCCACAGGGAGAGGAGAGACGAGAGAGAGAAGCGUGAGUGUGCAUCUCGUGACCCGUACAGCUGCUACAGCAGCCAAAGAGAAGAAGACGACUUCCGUCUCGCCCUCAGACUCCAGGAAGAAGAAGAACGACAGGCGCGCGCGGCGUCUGCCUCUCGCGAGAGACACUGGACUGCGUCUGCCGCGUCCAGCGGCGCGGCGCAGCAGGGCGUUGUGGGGAUGGAGUCUUCGGCGCCGUUGCAUGUACGCAGAGGCGGCGGCCGCGACGAUGGCGCAUCGACGGAAGUUCCGGGAGAAGAAGAGUGCGUUGCGGAUGGCAGUCGCGGUCUGAGCAGCCUCUGGAGAAACAGAAGAACUAAAAAGAAGAAGCGGCGCGGGUGCUCCAUCAUGUGAGCAGCUCGGGAGAGACCCGGCCCGCAGACCUUCCGUUCGCGACGACUCUCGCGUUUCAACAGAGCAGUGCAGGCUUUCUUGCGGCUCCCCUGCGGCUUCGUGCUUGUCCUUCGCGAAGAGAGAAGAGAUCUCGAAGUUCCUUCAGAAGAAAGAAAAAGAGAUUUAGCGGGUGCUGCACGCAGCGACGACGACAUCGAUCUCACGCCGACGCCCCCCUCUGCUGUCAAUGUGUUCGUCGACUUCUCUUUUUUUCAACUGUGAGCAGCCGCGGAAGACAGUGAAGGCCUCUGCGAGGCGGCGCGUCUCGCGGACGAGAGACCACAGAGAGAGGAGACAGGAGCUCUCCCUUCAUCCGGUGAAGGAGAGACACCGAAAGGAGACAGGGGUGUCGCCCAGGUCUCUCCGUGAAGGGAGAGAAAGGAAACAGAUGGUUCAGUGCAGAAGACGAGCGCCUGCGAAUGAGAAGCGCUUCGGACGCAUGCGAAGGAGAACUCGAGAACCGAGGCUUUACACUUCCCAAAACGGUGUUUGGUGUGUGACCCGUUGAGCUCUAUGUAGACGUCCAGUGAGGGUGGUGGCGGACCUUCUGCAGCAAGAGCACCUGGAGCGAAAUGCUCGUUUCUUUGUUGAGAGAAACUGCAGAGAGUCUUAGAGGACGUUUUGACGUUUUUCACAGCUGCGCGCAACGCUGUGGCUGAACAGACGCGUGCCCCUGCGGAUGUCGGGCGGCUGAGUGGUGCGGAGAAGGGGAGGGAAGAAGCUGGCAUUUCAGGAGACGCUAAAGUGACAACGAGCUCGUCCUUUUUCCGCGACAACGGUUACUAAAGGGAAGGUUGCCUCUCGGUUCUGUCUGCAAGUGUCUUGUGUGCUCCCACAACGCGUUUCUGGGACCGUUUUUAGCUUUUUGUCGGGGCAGCGCAUGCAAGGCCUUCACAGAAAUCCAAGCGUCUCCAGUGUCCGUGUCUCCUGUAUGUCCACCACCUGAGGGUCUCCGUUUCCGUGCAAACAGCGCGAUGUUUCGGUUUAUAUGUGGUGAAAAAAAAAGUGAGAAUUUAAGAG